CUAUAAAAUGGUACACUUGGAGUCCCACUAAGCAACUUAACUAAGUCUAUUCACAAUAAUACACAAAGCAGCUUAUUCAUUCUCAACACCUCACUAGUAACUGCCCAGUAUCUCUCUCUUUUUUUUCUGAUUCAUCUUCUCAACUAGUUUUUUUCAUACCCAUGGCGGAUUACGACAACAAGAAGGUCGAGGAGGGUGUUCAAGAGGGUGGUGUCGAGGCCACGGAUCGUGGGCUCUUUGAUUUCUUGGGGAAGAAGAAAGAGGAAGAGCAGGCCGAGAAGCCCUCUGUUCAUGAGGAAGAGGUGGUUGUAGUUACUGAGCAGAUGGAGAAAGUUGAAGUUUCUGAACCUUCUCAUAAGGUUGAACAAGAAGAAGAAGAGAAGAAGCCUAGUCUCUUGGAGAAACUCACCCGAUCCGAUAGCAGCUCUAGCUCUUCUAGCGAUGAGGAGGAAGGAGAGGACGGAGAGAAGAAAAAGAAGAAGAAGAAGGGAUUGAAAGAGAAGUUGAAGGAGAAGCUAGGAGGAGGAGAAGAGGAAAAGAAGGAAGAAGAAGCUAAAAAGCACGAGCACGAGCACGAACACGAAGCAGUGCCCAUCCCAGUGGAGAAGGUGGAAGAGGCAGCACAUCCAGAGGAAAAGAAAGGGUUCCUAGACAAGAUCAAGGAGAAGCUUCCAGGCCACAGCAAGAAGCCAGAGGAAGCUCCAGAAGCGCCGGCUCCGUGCGCCACCGAGGCUGCAGCUCCUCCUCAUCAUCAUGAAGAAGAUCAAGGAAAAGAAAAGAAGGGAUUUUUGGAGAAAAUAAAGGAGAAACUCCCAGGGUAUCACGCUAAGGAGGAUCAAGAGAAGCACAAGGAGGAGGCAGCUUCUCAUUGAAGAUGAUGAUGAUAUGAUAUAAUAGUCCAUAAUGGUUUAGAUCAAGAUCAUAAAUCAUCAUCAUUGUGGCGUGGAGUUCUUGAUUAUUAAUAAUGCUGUUUUUUAUUUAAUUAUGUGUUUUUGUAAGAAUUAUAUAUGUGCUUUUUUGAUGUGCAUAUAUACAUAUGGGAUUUGCUUUAAGGUGGGGGAGGGGGUUGUGUUUUCUUUUUCAAUGUCUUUUCAUUAUAUAACAGUGUUCAUUUUGUAUUUA